AUGCUAUUUUGGAAAAAGCAUGCUUCUAAUGUCCCUGAGAAUAGCCUCCAGAGUGAAGAAAGUCUCACUCAGCAGGACAAGACAGACAUUUGUCUAAAGUCUUUUGAACAUGAUGGGAAAGAAAAAGCGUUCAGUGGGAAGAAGAUAUCCCUUAUGUGUGGGCCAGUUUAUACUAAAGAGCCAUGUAAUCAGCAACCUGUCAAUGUGGGAGAAACAGUUCAGGUUGAGAAGAAAAUGUUCCACAACAAUCAUUUUGGCAAGAAUCAGGAAACACAAUCAAGAGGGAAACUCCAUGGACAUUGCAAUAAUGAGAAAUCUCUUAUGUAUAAAACAAAUGUCAACACAAAUCAGAUAAGCCAGACAGCAAAAAGUUACUAUAAGUGCAGCUACUGUACAAAAUCUUUUAGUUGUAAAUCUUGCCUUUCCACCCAGCAGAGAACUGACACAGGAGAACGUUUCUAUGUGUGUAAUGAAUGUAAAGAAAACAUGUACCAGAAGCCAGAACUUAGAAGAGAUCAGAUCCUUCUCACUGAAGAGAAGCAAUAUGAAUGCAAUAAGUCUGGAGAAGCUUUUGAUGAGCAAUUGUUUAUCAAGAGACCUGAGAGAAUUCACACAGGGAGGAAAACUUAUGAAUGUAGAGACUGUGGAAAAGCUUUUUCUCAGAAGUCACACCUAACCCAGCAUCAAAGAAUUCACACAGGGGAAAAACCUUAUGAUUGUAGUGAGUGUGGAAAAGCUUUUUCUGUGAAGUCACACCUAAUCGAGCAUCAGAGAAUUCACACAGGGGAAAAACCUUAUGAGUGUCGUGAGUGUGGAAAAGCUUUCUCUCAAAAAUCACACCUAAUCAGGCAUCAACGAAUCCACACAGGGGAAAAAUCUUAUGAAUGUGCCGAGUGUGGAAAAACCUAUGCCAGCCACUCAGGUCUGACUGUACAUCAGAGACUCCACACCAGGGAAAAACCUUAUGAAUGUAGUGAGUGUGGAAAAGCAUUUUCUGCGAAGUCACACCUAAUCAUACAUCAGAGAAUCCACACUGGAGAAAGACCUUAUGGAUGUACCCAGUGUGGAAAAACUUUUUCCCACCAGUCAUGUCUCAUAACACAUCAGAGAAUCCACACAGGGGAAAAACCAUAUGAAUGUAGUGAAUGUGGAAAAUCUUUUAUGCAAAGCUCAUGUCUCAGAACACAUAAAAGAAUCCACACAGGGGAAAAACCUUAUCAAUGUAGCCAGUGUGGGAAAGCAUUUGCUUACAGUUCAUAUCUCAUAACUCAUAAGAGAAUCCACACAGGGGUAAGACCUUAUGAAUGUAGCCAGUGUGGAAAAGCUUUUACCCAAAAGUCAAGUCUUACAACACAUCAGAGAAUCCACACAAGAGAAAAACCAUAUGAAUGUAGUAAGUGCGGAAAAGUUUUUGCCAGACGUUCAGGUCUCAAUUCACAUCAGAGGAUCCACACCUAG